GAAAGAACACAAUGUAUUGCCAUGCUCAUCAUCAUUCCCUGACAUAUGUCGUGCGUACAAAAUUUGAGUGACCGACCUAUAUAGAGACUCACUAGCAGGCUUUUCUCAUAUCAUAUCAUUUCAUUGGAAACAAACGAAAGGAUGACACUUGCUUCCGCUUCUUUGUUAGUAAUCACCCUGAAAAAUACACGGGCUAAAGUUUAAUGUUGUGAGUAUUGUUUUUUUUUAUAUACUAUUCAAUUUUUUUAUUCUUAUUAAAUGUAAAAAUUUUAACUUAUACUUAAAUUUCUAAAAAUAGAAAUCGCAUGUUGAACUUAGACGUAGAAUGCAGAUAAAAGAGAUAUAUAAUUUUUUUUACAAAAUUUUUAGAUAUGUUGUCGUUGAAGGCUGAGUGGUGAAUGAAUGAGGAAUGUGUUACAUAGUGUUUUGAAUGUCUUGUUAUAUUAACACUAACAAUGAAAUCGUCAAAGGAAAGGAAAAGAAAGUAGAGAAAAAAAAAAUACGAAGGAAGACAGAAGGUUAAUUUCAGAAACGAAAAAAAUAAUUAUAAAUAGAGAUACACUUUAAUGACAUUAUUUAGAAUAAAAAUAAAUCUAAUGACUGCAAAGCCAACUCCCAUGAAUGAGGUCCUACCAUCUUAGUUGUGGCUUAUAAAAAAAAAAAAUCAAUUUUUGUUCUUUUUGAAUAAAAAAUUAGGAAAUAAAUCAUGACUUAAAUUUUAAAUGUUAGGUGCUUGUUGAUUUGAUUAAGUGUAAUUUACAUUUUACAACUAUCAAUGACAUUAUGAAUGGUCCAAAACUUCUUCAUAUAUUAGAUCCAAAUUAUAACAUGAGAUUUACCUUUAUAAUAAUCUAGCCCAUUCAAAUUUUCUAACAUUGACUUGUAAUAUUUGUAUAAAAUAAAAUAAAUAAUUUAUGCACUAAAUAAUUCAUAUAUUGAGUGAAAAUGAAAAUAUUAGCAAUAAGUGUGAGUUGUUGAGAGGUAUUAAAGGGUUUAAGAAAAUGAAGAUAGUGGGUUGUGAAAGAGAAGAAAGGAUGAUGCAUGAUAAGAUGGGCAUAGAUGCAGUGUGUGGAGGUGUAUAAAGAAAGAUGAACCCAAUCGAAGUGAGUGUAUUGACGAAGGCAGCACCCUCGGCAACCUCAGCCUCACUUCAGGUAGACAACUUCGCCGUCCUAAUCGACAACUCUAAAUCCAUAAACAACCUUUACCAAAUCCAUGCAGCACUCCUCCGUCGCGGCCUCCACCACCACCCCAUCCUCAACUUCAAGCUCCAACGCUCCUACUCCUCCCUCGGCCUCCUCCACCACACCGUCACCCUCUUCCACCGCACCCCAGCCCCUAACGUCUUCCUAUGGAGCUCCAUCAUCAACGCCCAUUCCCACUCCGCUCUCUGGGACUGCGCUCUCUCUUAUUACGCCCAAAUGCUAGCUCACCACGUUCAACCCAACGCCUUCACCCUCUCUUCCCUCCUCAAAGGUUGCACCCUGCAACCCACCACGGUCGUUCACUCCCACGCCGUUAAGUUCGGACUAUGUUCCGACCUUUACGUCUCCACGAGCCUUGUUGAUGCCUACGCACGGGGCGGUGAUGUCGUGUCCGCUCAGAAACUGUUCGACGCAAUGCCUGAGAGGAGUUUGGUUUCUUUGACUGCCAUGCUUACUUGCUACGUGAAACACGGGAUGCUCCGGGAGGCGCGGCUGUUAUUUGAAGGGAUGGAGGUGAAGGACGUGGUGUGUUGGAACGUGAUGAUUGAUGGGUAUGCUCAGCAUGGGUGCCCGAACGAGGCUUUGGUGCUUUUUAGGGAAAUGCUGGGUAAGAAGGUUAGGCCCAAUGAGAUAACUGUAUUGGCUGUGUUGUCGUCUUGUGGCCAGCUUGGUGCGUUGGAGUGUGGUAGGUGGGUGCAUUCGUAUGUUGAGAAUAGUGGUAUUGGGGUUGGGGUCAAGGUAAACUUACGUGUGGGUACUGCGUUGGUUGAUAUGUACUGCAAAUGUGGGAGUUUGGAGGAUGCGCGCAAGGUGUUUGAUGGGAUGGUGGGAAAGGAUGUGGUGGCGUGGAAUUCUUUGAUUAUGGGGUAUGGCAUACAUGGGUUUGGUGACGAGGCUUUGCAGUUGUUUCAUGAGAUGCUUUGUGUUGGAGUUAGACCCUCAGAUAUUACAUUUGUCGCUGUUUUGACUGCCUGUGCGCAUGCAGGUUUGGUUGGCAAAGGAUGGGAGGUUUUCGAUUUGAUGAAGGAUAGAUAUGAGAUGGAACCAAAGGUUGAGCAUUACGGGUGUAUGGUUAAUCUUCUUGGCCGUGCUGGGCUUGUAAGAGAAGCUUAUGACCUUGUGAGAAGCAUGGAGGUUGAGCCUGAUUCUAUCCUGUGGGGUACUUUGCUUUGGGCUUGUAGAAUCCAUAACGAUGUUUCGUUGGGAGAGGAAAUUGCAGGGUUUCUUGUGAGCAAUGAUUUGGCUACUUCAGGGACUUGUAUCCUUCUCUCUAACAUGUAUGCUGCUGCUCGUAACUGGGUUGGCGUGGCUAAGGUCAGAUCAUUUAUGAAAGAGAGUGGGGUUGAGAAGGAACCUGGUUGUAGUUCCAUUGAAGUUAACAACAGAGUGCACGAGUUUCUUGCUGGUGAUGUAAGACACCGGAGAAGCAAGGAUAUAUAUUCGAUGCUCGGGAAAAUGAAUGGUUGGCUCAAGGCACGCGGUUAUACCCCAAAAAUAGAUGUGGUAUUACAUGAUAUAGGAGAGCAACAGAAAGAGCAUUCAUUGGAAGUUCACAGUGAGAAGCUUGCCUUAGCAUUUGGGCUUAUAAGUACCAGUCCAGGAACUGCUAUCAAGAUUGUAAAGAACCUUCGAGUGUGUUUGGAUUGCCAUGCCGUGAUGAAGAUGAUGUCCAAGAUCUCUGGCAGAAAAAUAAUAAUGAGAGACCGGAAUCGGUUCCACCAUUUUGAGAACGGUUCGUGUUCAUGUCGGGAUUACUGGUGAACUUAAUUUAUUAUAUUUUUGUCCAUAAAAUUCCUUUCUUCUAAAAGAGAAGCACCAUAUUUGCUGAUGUUGCUUACAAUAGAUUUGGAUGCAAUAGCA